AUGGACAGCAGUAAGAAGAAAAGCGAUCGCCUGGCGCGAGUACGCGCAAACCAGCGCAACAGCAGAGCCCGGAAACAAGAGUAUCUGCAAGAACUGGAGCAAAGACUAGCAGCUUUUCAGACCGAGGACCGUCGCAAGGAGAUUGAGCACCGACUCGCCCUACAGAAAAUGGAAGCCGAGAACCGACAUCUGAAAACAUUGCUGAAUUCAUUGGGCAUUUCAACUGAGCUACUUCAGCAAUACGUGCAAUUAGCGGAACAAGGGAAUUCUGUCGACGGAAAAGUGGCUAUUCCUGCGAUGCAUCAGCAUGUAAAAACAUCUACUACGCAACCAGUCAAAGAGAAGCCAGUGCCUGCUACGUCCAACUCCAUCGCACCGGCCGUGAUGACCGAGAAGACCCCGGAAAAAACAGCAGAACCAAUUGAUAAGACAUGGGAAGCUUCGGAUCCGCCCUUAUGCAAAUGCUCCCCUGGACAAAGAGAUCUGGCAUCGGGGCCUGUCGAUGGCGAUGUUCUCAAUACCACUCUCUGCGCCAUCGCAGAAGAGUUGAUCAAUCAAUACAAUACUCGUGGAAAAGACUUGGAGGAAAUUCGACAAAGACUAUGGUCUGGAUUCCAAUCAGGGGUUACCGGCGACGGUUGUCGGGUGCAGAACAAUGUCCUCUUUGAAGUCCUCGAUGAGAUCAGCCAUAAUGUUUGA